UCCAUAUCGAAUGAAGAUGAUUAAAAGUGUUGAAUGGGGAUAGAGAGUCGAUGUCGAAGCACCACGAAAAAAACAUUCGGAAAAUACCUAGUAAAAAGCACCCUCGAACAAGAAAUAAUGAAAAUAUUCGCCGGAGGUUUGAAAGAUGGACAAUGCCAGCAGGAAAAAAUUUGUGAACAAGAGAAUAGAGAGAGAGUAGCCCCUGAGCUGUUGCAAUGGUUCUCGAAAAAAACUUUUGCUCAAAAGCUUCCUAGUUUUUUUUUCAAUGUACAACCUCGUUCCCCUUGUGAAAGAAGAAGAAAAUAAACCCUAAAUCACCAUGGAUCACGAAGUCUUUCUCGAUGAUAGCGAAACGGAGGUCGACCUCCAGUUUCUCGAUGACGAUGAUGGGGGACUGGCUUCUCAGGAAAGUAGCAAAGAAGUACUUCUAGCUGGACAAAAGAAGCAGCCUUCAGACUUGAUACAAGCUGGUGUAUGCAGCAGGCGUCGUGGUUCGAAAGUGCAGGUACCGCUUGAUUUAAGGGUAGGGUAAAGGUGCGCUUUUGUUCUUGCCGUUUGUUAUGGCUCUCUCCCUUAGGUGGGGACAGCCAUAACAAGCGGGAGAACCCACGAACACCAAAAACCUCCCUCUAAGUGAUGGGCUCGUUCCAAUUACACCUUCUUUAUCUUCUAUUCCGAAGUCUCGUCUCUUGAGUGCACCUGAGGGUCCUUUUUUUGGAACUGCUCCCGAUGAGAUUUUGCUACGAAUAGCUUUUUUUCUGCCUUCUUGUGCGGGUGUGGCGAGUACGUGUCGGCGGUGGCGCAGAGUAGUAAGCGAGCAUCGAUCGCGAAUUUGGCGCAGCCGUUUUUUAGCGGAUCCUAGGAAGCAUGUUGAAUUGGCAUUGAUUGACCAGUGCUGCAAGAGUCAUCUUCUCCAUCAUGUUAGAACUUCUUCGCCUCGUGCUGCAAGUCUACAACAAGAUGAUGUAGAGUCUGCUGUAUGGCUUCUACAUCAGAGGAAGCGACAUUUUUGGCUGAGUAGUACUUCUGAUGCUAGUACUAGUCUUCAAAGACCUCGGUUUCUACACAAUAAGUGUGGAAGACGUGCGAUUUUGGAACGUUACGGUGGUAGCCAACUGCUUACAGGUGACGCAGCCUUUUCUGGUGGAGGUGGUGGAGGUUUGGGAGUUGUUUCAUUAACUGGUCAGGGUAAUUCGGACUCCUUUUUUUAUCCCAGAGAUUCAUCUUCAUCUGGAAAACAAACUGGACUUGGACAGCAUCAUGGAAGUACUUCAUCUCGCACAAACUGUGUCUGGUACAUGAAAAGAGCAGGAAGUAGUACUUCUAGACGAGCAACGACGAUAUUGGAGGAGCAACAAGGUCCUCAGCCUGUUCCUAGUACAACGAGCGACGAUCAUCUAUCUCGUUAUUUUGAUGCCGAUAGCUUGCCAGUACGAAAUGACCGUGGGCAAAACGUUAAUAACCUUGCCGCGGCCAAAACUUCGCUUCCUGCCUUCGUACCUGUUUGCAUGCACACAGUUCAUUUUCCGACCAUGCAGGUGGUAGUUUUAGGUGGCUUAGCUGGAGAACUGCGUGGAUACGGCAUGUUUCCUAGUAGUACCGGCCGCGGGUCAUCCACAGGCCUUCCGCAACACACGGCACCAGAGGAGCUCUUUCAUGUGCCAACCGCUCACGCCGAUGGACGCUGUGUAACCGGGAUUGGCAGUGUGUUGAGCCUCUUUGUAACUGUAGGACUGGAUGGGAUGCUGCGUUUCUGGCGGGUUGAGCGGAAAAUAAGGUGGCAAAAACAAGAACAUCAGGGAGGAAUAGGAGGAGGUUUGGCUGCGGAAAUCAACCACUCUCGUAGUAGUAGGAGUAGAACACCUGCUGUGGGCCUCUUGGGUGCUGAAGAGCAGCCGAGCUGUAACAACAAAAGCUUUCAAGUCUUGUAUCAAACUUUCUCGCUCAAAGAAGUGUAUCAACUUCCCCUACCUGGCGGACCGGCGAAUGCUUUGUCUGUCCAAUAUUCACCUGCUACUCAAACUACUACAACUCAUGCACAGGUGGGCGGAGGCAUAAAUGAUCAUGAUUUUCAUCAACUUGGUUCCCAUUUCUAUUUCAACUUGAUGACGACGCACGAAGAUGGGAGUGUUGCUGUGUGGGAAGGCACACUAGGAUUCGGCUUGUCUGCUGCUGAAGUCCAAAUACAGAGGAGGCUGCCACAGCCAGAAAAUGCCGUUCUGCGGGAGCGCUUUGCGUGGUGUCUGGCGAGAUACGCUGAUGUAGACGAGGUUCUUGAGAAAGAAGCGUCUGAGCUGGUUUGUACUUCUCGUGCACAGGAGGCGCAAAGAAUGAGUGACAGUGUUGCUCGUACUGCCGCGGCGCACUGUGAGUUAAAACGUAAUGCUUUGAUUCGGCACAGCGACCAUGAAAGGGGGGCAACUAAUGAUGACAUUGGAGAAAACGAGGUAUCAUCUUCAUCUUCUGCAGACCGAACACCUACUCCAAUCGAUGACGAAAAUUCCUCUUCUUCAUCCGAGUUAGGCUUCAUGCAGAAAGCCGGGCCCCUGUUCGAACUCUGCUGCCUCAACUACGAGUGGGUUUCAGGUCCUGGUCUUGGGCCACUAAGCUCAAAGCGCUUAAAUCGGACGUUGGUUGUAGACGUUCUGCGCAUGUCUGUGAAAUGUAUGCGCUUGCCGCCUGCAGCAGGCACUGAAUCUAAUGGUACAUUGAAUGCAGAUCAAGUCCGAGAACUGCCUUUGGAACGGGCAUUAGGAAGUUCAAGACCUGUUUCGGCUGGAAGAAGUAGUGGUGCUACAAGCACUAGGUUAAUUCCGCCUGGUGCGAAGGCAAAACAAGGAGCGGUAAGAGGAAGCGGAGUCUCAACAUCAUCUUCUUGUUCCUCGACUGCUGUGCGCUUGUUGCCCACUUUUUCUGGGUCGUUGUACUUCAACGAAACUAGUACAGACCGCCUUCCGGUCGUUCCUCCUGGUGCAUCUCCGCAAUACGCGUGUUGUUUUCUUACUGGGGACCUCGUCUGCGCUGGUGGAUUCGAUCGCUCCUUGCAUGUUUGGAAAAGUAGUGGUGGAGAUGGGAUAGGUUCGAAUAAGUCAAGCAGUGCAGUGAGUUUUUCGUUGAAAUCGCACGUUUUUUCUUUGGCUUUCUACGGAACUGUUUCCACGACAUCGCACAGUUGUAAACAAGAACAAAGGACGAGUUGUACAUCUAAUCUGGGCUCUUCCAGAACAAGCGAAAAAACUAGAAUGAAGGACUCGAUGAGGUGCUGCUCAGGUGGAAGUUCAAGUUUGUUUGUUGGUCUCGGUUCGGGUCUCAUCCUCGAAAUGCCGGAGAGUAUGCUGCGAAGUAAAGGCGCGGCCUCACAUUAUGCUUUUGAACUUGAGUAAUAUUGAUUUUUUUUGAUUUGCCUCCAUGCGAGUAUGCCAAUUUCAUAUUCUUGCUCUUCUAGUAGCAUAUGAAGCAGAACUACAUCCUUCUCGGCAUACAACUAGACCCCAGUCAACACACAUCCCUUGUUUUUCUAUGGACGAAUUCUCUUCAUUUGCCACAAGAGCAUCUCGCAAGCAGCGUCACAGAGUAUCGCGGUCAUGCUGGGCCAGUGGAGGAUCUGUGCCUAUUGCAUGAGGGCAAAACUCUCGUCUCGGCUUCCGCUGAUGGCACUGCUAGGUUCUGGAAAACUAUGAACAGGCCAAGCCAUACUACACCUGCAAGCACUUCCUCUUCAUCCAAGGCCUCUUCCAGUAUGUUGCCAAUCAACUCCAACAAUUCGCACAAAUCUGACGAAAUUGCGGACUCAGCGAGCACUAGGAGCUGUAUUAUGGUUUUGAACCUGCAGCGACCUGUGCUUGGGUUGCGGUCGACGUGCGAAGGUGUGUACUGGCGAUCUAAGAUGGGAACAGAAUUUUUGCGUAGAGAAGACGGCGACUCGUUUCAACACUCAAUAGAGAAUGUUGGAGGAACUAGUGCAUUCGGGAAGACUAAAGGACUUCAUGGUGACGAACAUUAUCAUGUUGCACGCUUGAAGAGUGAGCCUCUACUUCACAACAUUGCUUUCUUUCGCAAUUGCACAGCAUCCCGAGGCAUGUCUUCUUCGAGCAAGGGCGCUGUUAGUAACAGUAACGACAUUGCUUUCACCGUUGUUGAUGACGGUUUGUUAUUGCUUCCGCGUCUGAUAGGAUCUAGCGCGGGUGCUAACGGCAAGCUUUUGGAGCAGAAGCAAGAGAGACAUGCACAGUCCUUGUUACGUACUGCAUCUAGUACUACGUCUGCAUCUAGUAGUGCGGCAGCGACUUCAUCUUCAUCCCCCUCUCAUCUCCGUCGGAUUCUCGCGCCUGACGUUAUCCCGGAAUGCCCAGACUUUCAUCUCUAUGGUCUAGACCACGCUGAAGCCUUCAAACAUUGCCGAACUCUAGUAGAAAACACUAGGAAAUCAUGCAUUUUUGAAGAAACAACUGAACUGUCUUUAGAAUUACAUGGUAUUGAAGGGGGCUCAUCAGGGUCCUCUUGGAGUAGUAGUAGUAGGAGUAGUAGGGGCACUGGUGCAACCUUGAAUGUAACAACAUCUUCAAGGCCUCCUUCAUCAUCUUUGCCAUAUAGUAGACUAAAUAGGAUGAGGCCGAAACUUAACGACAUGAUAAAUUUGAACUCAACUUCUACUCAAAUCCAAACAAGGACAACUAGUAGAGGCGAUUUUGACAGAGGGUCAGCGAGAAAGACACAGCUGUGUAUGGUCGGCUCAACAGGAAGACAACACAGAAUAUACCUUGCACAGGGAAAAGUUUGAAAAGAAACUAAACAGAACAGCAUUUUCCAUUUUAUCUUAAAUGCACAAGAACAUUUUCCAAAGGCGAGGUCCACUUUUUUGUUCCCUCUGAGGUAUACUGUCUGGUAUGUGAGUAUACUCUCAGGCGAGAAGCGCACGGAGAGCACAACAGAUUUCGUUUCAGAGUACUUCCUCCAGUCUCGCUACUUACCACAUUCUCGAGGGGGGCGGGAAGACAAAAACUUGUUUCUAGUACAGGAAAAUUCUUUCAAAAAAACUGGCGUUGAUCCUUAUAAUCUAAUGCCAUAUUGGUGAUUGUACUUAAGAAAACAAAUGGCCCUCUCACGGCAAGCUGGGUUGUGGAAGCAGUUUUGCUGGACAGCACGUGAAUUUCCAGAAAACGUGAGACGGAGGGAGGUCAGGUUGGCUCGGGCGCAGCUGAAGAAUCUGCCGGAGAACAGACGAGCACCUUAUAUCCGGUAUCAGCUGAGAACGACAGAGCAAACAUUGCAGUUCAUGAAGUAUCGUGCGAUAAAAAGGAGAUAUGAUUUGUGACACUUCUGAUGGACUUGUUGUUGAGAGAGGACGAUGUUGGUACCUUGUAUUUGUUUCGUUGAUUUUUUAGAAUUUUUGAAAGAACAGAUGCACUUGAUAUUGCUGAGCUGUUGCAACGCUGUGGAAAGGCGUCUUUGAGCUUGCUGCUGGGUCAAUUUUGUCUGGGUCAAUUUGUCGGAGGGAGUGAAAAGGGC